AUGUACGGCGACUUAGGAAACAAGCUUUCGCUAAUGAUUUUUGCUCACAACCAGGUCCAAUAUGCCAAACGGACUCAAAGCCUGGGGUUCCUCCCGCCAUAUCAGACCGAAACGGUGCGCGGCGUGACACGCGAAGUCCGCGAUCUCGACAAGGACAUCGCCCAAAGGCUGGAGCCUUUUGGGGGCUCGUUCAAUCCGCAAGCCGAUCAAGCAACCGCAUGCACCCUACUAGUCAACCAUCUCUCGAUUCGAAGGAAUAAGCGCUGUCUACUUGCCUAUCACAAAUCACGGACCGACAAGCUCGAGGAGUUGGCAUGGAAAGGCUUUGAUGUUGUAGAUCUCGCGGGGCAGCAGGUGGCAUCAGGCAAUGCCGGGUCGAACCUGGGCAGCGCCGAUGGAGGAUCGAGCAGUUUGAGCCCGCAAGAAGAGGAUUACAUUCGCCAGUAUAGUGACCUGCUGGCAGCAUACAAGGGUCAAUGGACGGACAUCGAUCUGACGGGAAGUUUGGAACCACCACGGGAUCUCUUCAUCGAUGUUCGGGUCUUGAAAGAUGCUGGGGAGAUCCAAACUGAAUACGGUGCCAUCACAUUAACAAAGAACAGCCAGUUCUAUGUUCGCCAAGGCGAUGUUGAACGUCUGAUAGCACAGGGAUAUCUGCAGAAACUUGGCUGA